AUGUCCUUCCAGGAUGAAAAUGCAAUCGAUAAUUCUUCGCCAUCAGUAGUUGACUCAGGGAGUCCGGAAACGUUGAACGAUGUGAUAUUUGAAGGGCAAGGUAAUGUUUCUACGCCUUCGGAAUGGCACCAACCAUCUUUGGCCCAAGCACCACUACGAAAUGGAUUUUCUUCUGGCGCUUCCCAACAGCCUUUCAUGGAUUUACCAAUGGUUGGGGCGCCUUCACCCAAAACCACAAGUGUUCAGGCAGCAAACACGGACCCAUACUUCUCUACGUCCCCGCCGUUUCCUCCUGAAACCCCAAGUCAAAUGUUCGACGUCAAUCCAUUUCUCAUGUCUGACAAUCCAGUCAAGCCUGAAACACCCAGUAACUCCGCAGCUUCCAUCAGUAGCAGCAAUUGUCACAGCUCUGUCACCUCCAUGUCCACGGACUCCAUCUCCGACGCCACUCGGCAAGCUCUCAUCAACAGCCUGUCCGAGCCACUCGUCCAAGGUCAUGGCUUUAUGAGAACAACUUUCCCCCCAAACCAUUCCACGGCAUCCGAUUUCCUUGCAGGCAAAACAUUCCCAAGUACUCAAGACCUCCAAAGGUAUGUGGCGGCUUACAUACGAUAUUUCCAUCCCCACCUACCUUUUCUUCAUGUUGCUACAUUAGCCUUCGAUGCACCUGCUUUCACGAGCGACCUGUCGUCAAGCGGACAUCAAGCAUUUGAGCAAAGCAACGUUCUCGGCGGCGCAGGCUCUCUAGUCCUGGCAAUGGCGAGCAUCGGAGCAUUAUACGAAUAUGACUUUGCACCAUCCAAAGAUCUUUCUGAAAUGUCGAAGCACAUGAUUCAGCUCUAUCUACAAGAGCGCUCAAGGGCAGACUCCCAAAACGCCAGCUGCAUUGGCAGCAAUGGUGUUGAAAUGAACUCACAAAAUACUCCCUUGUGGCUUGUUCAAGCGAUGCUAUUGAACGUAAUAUACGGUCAUAAUAGCGGCGAUAAGAAAUCCGCAAGUAUUGCGAAUACUCAGUGCGCUUCAUUGAUAAGUCUAGCUCGUGGUGCAGAUCUCGUGAGGCCUACAGAAGCGGAUAUAACAAGGUCUCCGGAAUUUCAGCUGAAGCAAACGGACUUGCAAUUGAAUAAUGAUGACCCUGCCGCAUGGAGCGGCUACAUAUCACAUCCGGCAUUGGAGUUGGAGAAAGAGUGGCAUCUGUGGAAGGUCAUCGAGGAGAGAAAGCGGACCCUUUAUGCGAUAUUUACUUUCUCAAGCUUACUAGUCUCGGCCUACAACAGUGCGCCAGCAUUGAUGAACUCUGAGAUUCUACUCGACUUACCAUGCGACGAGCGUUUAUGGUCCGCGGACUCUGCAGAGACCUGGCGGUCUUUCGGUGGGUCUGCGGUGGCAUCCCAAAAGGAAACAUCAUUUGCAGGCGCUCUCCGCUUCCUUCUCAGUGCCAGCCAGCGCAAGCAACAGAAACAACGUCGCAUGUCUCAUUCAUUCGAUAUGAACAUACAACCAGAGAGCCUGCCAGAAGAAGAGCUCAGGCCAAGCACGUUUGGAUGUCUCAUCCUCAUCAAUGCAUUGCACAAUUAUAUUUGGGAAACGAGGCAACAUCAUGCCGGACGGCCCUGGACGCCACGAGAUACAGAGAAGCUGCACGCGCACAUGGAACCAGCUUUGCGAGCUUGGCAAGCUGCAUGGUCGAGUAACAGUGACCACAGUCUAGAGAGGCCUAAUCCCUUCGGUGCAACGUCGAUGUCGGCUGAUUGCAUUCCAUUGCUAGACCUGGCUUAUGUUCGACUUUUCGUCAAUCUCGGUAGGACCAAGGAUCUGUUCUUCCAGCGCAAUUGGGAUGCAAUGGCUGAGGAGCUGGCCAAUGGUCCGGAGAUAGUUGAGCAUGGCGAACAUUCGCCCGCUUCUAGUCCACGAAACAGUGAAAAGACUAGCUCGGCUAUGUCGAAUGAGUUGACUUACAUAAAAAUGCAAAGCGGGGCUCCGUCUGCGAUGCCGGAGACCACCCUCAGCCAGUGUUCUGCAAAAUGCUCUCGACGUGAGCGGCAUCUCCGGAAGGCCGCAUACUGCGCCGCAAAUUCGCUGAUGAUGUCUGACCGCCUGAACGUUACAUUUGCCGAUUACAACUCCAGAGAGCUCCCGCUGCAUUCUGCGCUCUGUGCAUUUGACUGCGCUCAAAUCCUUGCAGAAUGGAUAUCUACUGUCCAGCAGAGAGUCGGUCGGUAUAUAGGAAUUCUUGGUAGGGAUGUCAUUGAUCUCAGCCAAGCACCGGCCUGCAUGUUUCUCGAGGAUGAUGAUUGCAAGCUCCUAGAAAAAGUCAAAGAAAUCAUCGAUAACGCAAACGCUAAAUUAAGCAGCGGUAUCAGCAUGAUCGCGAACCCAAACAUGACGAACGACAGCAUAAUUGAAUUAGAAAAUUGCGGCUAUGGCAGCAAGAUACUAUCCAUGCACGCCCGCAUGUUCGAGAGGGAAGCUGUGUGGCCAGUCUGCCAUGAGAUGAGUCUUGCCUUGAGAACCCAGGCCACUCACAUCAAGACGAAAACAGAAAUGUCUUUGAAUGUACUUGCAUGA